UGAAAGACAAGAAGAAGAAAGCAACGUCCAAACUACCAACGUUGACUGUAGCAAAUAUGGAAAACUUGUGAAAUUUUGGGAUUUCUUUUAGCAAAUCCCAAAAAUCCAAUCAUCAAACACACGCUUUUCGGUGCAGGCGUUUGUUUGGUUGAUUAUGUACAUUUUUUUCAUUUAAAAAAAAAAAAUCAUAUAUCUCUCUUCUUUCUCUCUCCUCAAUUUCCUAUGAACAUUCCUUCUUUUUCUUGUCCAAAUAUAUUUAACAUGUUUUGCCCCUUUUGCAUAAUUGCAAUAAUUGAUUUGAUUAAUCGUGUGGAUGUUUUGUUUUAAUAGUUAAUUAAUAGACAAAAGGCAUCAUUUUGCCUCUAAUUUUGUUUACUGUUUUUUGUGUGGACAAUUACAACUUAUUUCCAUUGCAUUUGAGGUGGACAUCCUAUCUUUGUUGUGUGCUCAAUUUGCCCCCCUUUUUCCCGGGCUAUUUCUUCAAGAAAUCAAUAACCCAUUUUGCAAAUUUUGUAUUUUUUUUUCUUCUUUUUAAAGAAUUUGUAAGUGGGUAUUUUGUUCAAUUGACAGUUUUUGAGGUUAUUUGAUGGGAAAUUGGGGGAUAAUUUGAUCUUUGAUCAAUUUUUUUGGAAUUUAGGUAUGAGGGGUCUAAGAUUUUGAUCCAUAUAUGGACAAUUUUGGUGGGUAUUGCUGAAUUUUUUAUAAUUUAAAGGAGCAUUGUGAUCAUUGAUUUUUUUGAUAAUUUUUUAUUUUUUUUGGAAAUUGGAUAUUAGGGUUCUAAGAAUUUGGUGGGAAUUGCUCAAUUUCAGAUAACUUUGAUUUUGGAAGGAGAAUUCUGAAAUGGGGAUUCAUCAGAUUGAGGAAAGAUCAGCAGUAAAUUUUGGUCGUUACACCAAACAUUCUCGUGUUGGGUUGUUAGUUGUUUGUAGAAAAUAAGGAGGAAUAAUUGCUAGUUUUUUUGUUUAUGUUAUCCAAAUUCUGGGAUUCUGUCAUAUUUUAAUGAUGGUGAACAAAAACCAUUCUUGUAGUUCUUAGCAGCAGCCUAAGGUAGAGGAGGAAUUGGUAGUUUGGGAUUUAUUUAGUCAAUAGGCAAAUGAGGUUCUUAAACUUAGUUGGCAAUUCUUUAGGCUGCUCAGCUUCAGGGGAACGCCUUGUUUCUGCUGCUAGAGAUGGCGAUUUGCAGGAAGCCAAGGCAUUACUAGAGUAUAAUCCUCGUCUUGUGAGGUACUCGACUUUUGGUGUUAGGAAUUCCCCUUUGCAUUACUCUGCAGCUCAAGGCCACCAUGAGAUUGUUUCUCUUCUGCUUGAGACCGGAGUGGAUAUCAAUCUAAGGAAUUAUCGUGGUCAGACUGCUCUGAUGCAAGCAUGUCAGCAUGGUCACUGGGAGGUUGUACAGACACUGGUUCUUUUCAAAGCAAAUAUACACAGAGCAGAUUACCUUAAUGGGGGCACCGCUCUUCACUUGGCUGCUUUGAAUGGGCAUACUCGGUGUAUCAGGCUCCUUCUUGCAGAUUAUAUCCCUAGCAUUCCUAGCAUUUGGGGUCUAUUGCAAAAGAAAUCUAAAAAUGAACGUGGAAGUCCGGAAUUCAAUGCAAGUUCCCUCCACCAAGUGAUUAACAAACCUGCCGAUGGAGGAAUCACAGCACUUCAUAUGGCUGCAUUGAAUGGCCAUUUUGAAACUGUCCAACUACUUUUGGAUCUUGGAGCUUCUGUUUGUGAAGCAACUGUGGAAGAUGGGACUACUAUUGAUCUUAUGGGUGCAGGAAGCACUGCUCUCCAUUAUGCAGCUUGUGGCGGAAAUCCCCAGUGUUGUCAACUUUUGAUUGCAAGGGGUGCUAGUCUGACGGCUGAAAAUGCAAAUGGAUGGAUUCCAUUGAUGGUUGCUCGUUCCUGGCAUAGAGAUUCAAUUCUUGAAAUUCUUUCAACACCACAAGGCCUCCAAUUGCCAUCUAUUCCUUCCCCUUAUUUGUCUCUACCCCUGUUGAGCAUUGUCAAGAUUGCAAGAGAGUGUGGUUGGAGGAACUCAGAUUUGGUACCAACAUGCCAAGAUCCUUGUGUGGUCUGCCUGGAAGGGAGGUGCACAGUAGCUUCUGAAGGUUGUGGUCAUGAGUUCUGCGCAAGAUGUGCAUUAUACCUAUGCACCAUGAACUGCUCCUCGUCUGUCACCAACGGUCCACCAGGUUCAAUCCCGUGUCCUCUCUGCCGACAUGGCAUUGUCUCAUUCGUCAAACUUCCAGGGAUAAGAGUCAUACCCAAAGAGAUCGGUAGGACGAGCUUGUCAUUGUCAUUUUGUGGGUGCUCGUGUGAGAAAAACGAGCGUGCCUCUUUGACAAUGCCUCUUUGCAAGCCACCUCCAGUUUCUUCUUCUUCUUCCUCCUCCAACCAAGUCUCCCCUCUAAAUUCCUCAUUCCGUUCUUUGAGCUGUCAAAGAUUUCCAUCUAUGAAACUCAACUCGGGUUGCUGUGGAGGAUCAGAGACUAGUCCUUCUAUUAUUGGUGGGACCGGGAACCGGAGUUUUAGAAACCAGUUAAGUAGGUGUGGAAGAGUCAGAUUACGGCGAUCAUCUUCCCAUGUUGAAGGCCGGAAAUCUUGGUUUUGUUCUCUCAACCAAUAUGUUGCUACAGGUAGUUGAUCAGUUUUUCUAGAGCCGAUCAGACACAGCACGGCUCGCUCAUGCUAUAGCCUAGCACGUACGGCUUAUGGUCAGCUCUAUCUUUUUCUUUUCUUUUGUAUUUCUUUACAGACAGAUGUGUUGCCCCAUUUUUUUUUUGUCCAGAUUUCUUGUAUAGAAAUUGAUAUACGAAGUAUGUAAUUUUGUAUUACACCUGUAGUUCUGUAGGAUGUGUGAUCACAAAAUUUCCAGGAAAUUGACGAAGAAAAAAAAGAGAGGAGUUACAGAGAGUCAUCUUCUGUAAAUAUUGAAUAGAAUCAUGUAUUAAGAGACAUAAUAUUGAGCAAUGAAAGACAAUUUUUUGUAAGUUUAAA